CAAAAUUUCGUCUGAAAGAAGAUGUUUAAGUUCCUUUCAGUAAAAGUUGCCAUUGCAUCGUGCUGAAAGCAAUAGUGGAGCUGCAAUGCGUCGAAAAAGAAUUAUAUUCCUUCUAUUCAUCGCCACAUGGGGUUUACUGAUCAUGCAUUACACUACUUUACUCUGGAAAGGUGAAACAAAAAAAGAAGAAAAAAAUCAGCAAAAGAUUUUGAGGAAACUUUCAAACUUAGAACAACUUUAUGAAAAACACUCUCCAGAGUUAUUCCGUCAUCUCACAGAACACAAUGAUGUUAUUAAAUUUGACAUAGAGUCAUAUAUAGCUGAGGGUGUCCAUUUCGCUGACCCCUACAAGAAGCAUGCCUUUAAUGUAGUCGCCAGUGAUGCUACGUCCAUUCAUCGGAACAUACCUGACACUAGAAAUGAGGGGUGCCAGGACCUAGAGUAUGACGGUGACCUCCCAAGUACAAGCAUCAUCAUAACCUUCCAUAAUGAGGCCAGGUCUGCCCUCCUACGCACAGUCAUUAGUGUCUUAAGUCGCAGCCCCAAAGAGCUUAUUAAAGAGAUAAUCCUAGUUGAUGACCACAGUGAUAAUCCACUGGAUGGAGCCCUGUUAAACCAGUUGCCAAAAGUCAAGGUACUCAGGAACAGCAAAAGAGAAGGCUUGAUUAGGUCCCGUGUAAGAGGGGCUGAUGUGGCCAGUGCCAAUAUCCUUACAUUCCUAGACAGUCAUUGUGAAUGCAACAAAGGCUGGCUACAACCACUACUUCAACAAGUCAAAGAUGACCCAUACAGUAUUGUUAGUCCUGUGAUAGAUGUCAUCAGUACAGAUAGCUUCUCUUAUGUGGGAGCUUCUAGCGAUCUCAGGGGAGGGUUUGAUUGGAGCCUACAUUUUAAAUGGGAGCCGUUGACGUUUGCACAACGUACAGCCAGAGAUGAUCCCACUAAACCAAUCAGGACUCCUAUGAUAGCCGGGGGCCUCUUUGCUGUCCAUAAAGUCUGGUUCAAUAAGCUAGGCAAAUAUGAUACUGAAAUGGACAUCUGGGGAGGAGAAAAUUUUGAGCUUUCAUUCCGUACUUGGAUGUGUGGGGGCAGAUUGGAGAUAUUGCCAUGCUCAAGAGUCGGCCAUGUAUUCAGAAAACGUCAUCCAUAUACAUUCCCCGAAGGCAAUGCAAAUACUUAUAUAAAAAAUACCAGAAGAAUAGCAGAAGUAUGGAUGGAUGAGUAUAAGAGGUUUUUCUAUGAGUACAGGGCAUCAGCAAAACACAAACCUUAUGGCAAUGUACAUAGCAGGAAAGAUCUCCGUGAGAGAUUAAAAUGCAAGUCUUUCAAAUGGUACCUAGAGACAGUUUAUCCAGAACUGAAAUUUCCAUCAGAUGGUGCCACAGGCUAUGGGCAUUUGAAGAAUGCAGACUCCUGUCUGGACUCAUAUGCCAAAGUGCCCCCAACUAUUCCACUGCUGAAACCAUGCAAUACACUCUCAACUACUCAGGAUUGGCUUAUGCAUAAAGAUGGCAAGAUCUCUAUGAACAAUAAUGAUAACAUGUGUCUUGCUGUCGCACACAUAGAAACUGCAGACAAUGUGGUGCUUCAACAAUGCCAAACAGAUACCACCAAUAAUAAUCAGAUAUGGCUUAGAAAAGAUAAGUUUCUGGUGCACAAGCCAACAGAAUUAUGUUUGGAUAGUUCAGAUAUGGACAAAGGACUAAUAGUCAACAUAUGCAGUACAAUAAACAACCCUAGUCAGUCAUGGACUUUUGACAUAGAAAUUACUUGACCCAAAUUUUGACAUAGUUUGCAUUAAGACAAGAUUAUUUCAAUAUUGUGAAUAUUAAUUUUGCUAAAAUCUAAUAUACCAGGGUAUAUUAUUGUUUUUAUUAUUUUAUGUAUAUUUUAUGAGCUUAUUAAAAUCAAUGGUGCUG